CUGCAAACCGUAUAUAAGUAUAGGCGCUCAACACUAGUGACAACUCGUUACUCGUUGGUCAGUAAUCGUGAUCGAGAACCAAAUAUAACAUAAUACCAGCUGUCCAGAAUAAAAGCUGUUUGAAAAUGAAGACCUCCGUAUCCGCUGUAAUUUUCUUGGCUCUUCUCUCAGUCACCGCAGCAGCUCCUUCUUUCGGAUGGGGUAAACACGAACACUAUGUAAUUCACGUGCCAUACUACGUGCACAAAGAGCCCGUUUACAUCAAGAAGCCCGUGUACAUCGAAAAACCCGUUUACAUCAAGUCCUACGAUCAUUACCAUCACGACGAUCAUUACGACCAUCAUCACGACCAUCAUCAUUACGACAGCCACUGGUACUGAGUUCAGUAACCCCGUUUGAUAAGUCUACAUUUUCCCCCCUAUAUGUAUAACAAUGUAAUUAUUGUAAAGUGUUAAUAGCUACCUAUAAUUCCUUGUUAAUCUGUUUUGUUUUUCGCUGUGAAAUACUCUAAGCUACGACUUAUAAAUAUUAGAAUUAUAAUACAUCAACCGCACUGUUUAUUUCUAAA